AUCUGCUUUCUCGUCCUUCUCCAAUCUCCGUGUUGUUGUUCCCGGUGACGCGGCGGAGGUGUAGCCUGACGCGGGCUCUUACGUGUCGGCCAGAAUAAAAGUGGAGCUCCGGAGGCCCGGGAGUGACGAAGGGAGUCUGUAUCGGUAAGGACGGAGCGGUGUCCGGGGCUCAGAGAGACGGGACGCGGCCGUAGAAAGUGUCGGUCUGGUCGGGUUCGGCCCGAAGGAAACAAAGAGAUCAUGGCGCCGCGCUCAGCCAAUGAAGAUGGAGUCAGCAGUGGAGGCUCAGCAGGUGGUGGAGACUGCUGUGACGGAGACAGAGAACCAGCAGAUCACUUCGGCACAGAUCGCUACUUUGGCACAGGUAUCCAUGACAACAGGCCACGCAUCAGCAACAGGUCCCACAGUAACGCUGGUCCAGCUUCCCAAUGGACAGACAGUUCAAGUCCACGGUGUCAUCCAGGCUGCACAGCCCUCUGUUAUCCAGUCCCCACAGGUCCAGGCUGUACAGAUCUCCACUAUAGCAGAAAGUGAGGAUUCACAGGAGUCAGUAGACAGUGUGACUGACUCUCAGAAACGCAGAGAGAUUCUGUCACGACGCCCCUCAUACAGGAAAAUCCUGAACGAUCUUUCAUCCGACGUGCCGGCUGUCCCUCGUAUCGAGGAGGAAAAGGCCGAGGAGGAUUCAUCUGCUGCGGCUGCCACACCCUCAAUUACCACUGUUACUGUCCCCACACCCAUCUACCAGACCAGCAGCGGCCAAUACAUUGCGAUCACGCAGGGCGGGGCCAUUCAGCUGGCUAACAACGGUACAGAUGGAGUCCAAGGUCUUCAGACUCUGACUAUGACCAACGCAGCAGCGGCCACCCAGCCUGGAGCCACCAUCCUCCAGUAUGCACAGACCAGCGACGGCCAGCAGAUACUGGUUCCCAGUAACCAGGUGGUGGUCCAAGCUGCCUCCGGUGACGUCCAGGCCUAUCAGAUCCGAGCAGCCCCUGCAAGCACUAUCGCCCCUGGGGUGGUCAUGGCCUCCUCCCCUGCUCUCCCCACCCAGGGUGCCACUGAGGAGGUCACCCGCAAACGGGAGGUCCGCCUCAUGAAGAACAGAGAGGCAGCCCGUGAAUGUCGCAGGAAGAAGAAGGAGUAUGUUAAGUGUCUGGAAAACCGAGUGGCCGUCCUGGAGAACCAAAACAAGACGCUAAUUGAAGAACUUAAAGCCCUUAAAGACCUUUACUGCCAUAAAUCUGAGUAGCUCGUGUCCUGAACAUCGAGCUGGGCCAAGUAGCAUUUCAGUUCCUUUCAAGUACUUUGACUGUUUGAUUCUGCCUGUCUGGCCUUCCAGUUUGCACACGGCUGGCUGUUUUUCAUAUCAAAUAAUGCUAAAAUACACAAAAUCUUUGCAGUAUAAAUGCACUGAGAAAACCUGUGCAUUCUGUCACACUGUCGACAGCAGCUACAAUCCUGUGCAACAUCAUUAAAAUGGUCGAAUCGGCCGCUGACAACAGUUCACAUGUUGCUUCACACAGCUCUGUCAGUGAGGCUGCAUCUUACUGUCAUAGUUUGGCCAGUACCCGUAUAACUUAGCAUAAGACUGAACUCACCACGCUCAGUGUGGAGAUGUUUCACAGGAAAAGGUUGACAACAGAGUCCAAUGAGGUCAAUUAUUAUCCUUAAAUCAUCUUUCAACAACAAAAACAAACAUUUCUUCUGAUGCUGCUGUGGUUGCUGCAGUUUAAUUUACCCUGUACUCUGAUAUAGAACAGUAGUUAAACUGUAGGCCAGAUCUACAUUUAAGGUCUCAUUUAUGAUUUUCCUGCCAAAUAUUCCUAAAUGAGUAUUUUCUGCUGCCACAGUGUAACGUUACAUUCACAGUGGCGAGUUCAGUUUUAAAGCGUGUACUGGCCACAGCUACAGCAAGAAGUUUGUAGACACAAUUAUAAAAAUGAUUUUGGUAUGAUUACAGUUACACAGUGAUUCACAGAACUCUUUUGCCUGCUGCGUGUUGAGAACAUACAUUCAGGACCUGACCUUUUCAGGCACGCUCAGUCAGUUACAGUUAAAGGCUUUGAAUGAAUUGUGAAUCCCUACUUGACCCACAUCCGGAUGUGAACCGACUUUUCAACAAACGUGGCCACUCGUGUCGGGACUCUACAACUAAUUGGGCACAAACAAGUAAUUUUUUUCUAAUUGCUUUUAAAGAUGCUACCAACUGCCGAUCGUGAAGGAAGUGGAACUGUGUGUGUGUCAGAGAGUCGUGUCUGUUAAAGAUGGAGGUACUGUAAUGUGACUUCACACUUUUCAUUUCACUCAUUGUUUGUCUGCUUCUCCACAACAGACGGUUUACAGAGCUGCCAGCAUGAGAUGAUUAGCAGGCUAAAGCACAGUUUUAAUGAAAGAUAAUUGUUUUCAUAACCUGGGGUGUCACUUUGAUGGCUUUGGCCAAUAUUCCUAUUAUGGUAACAAUUACAUCAUACUACCUUAAGUCCAGUGGGACAGCAACAGACGCGGCCAUUUGUUUUAUCUAAACUAAAUAAAUUAGAAGUGAAAACAAAUCUGAAUGUUAGUUAUUACAAACCUAAAGAAAUGACAAAGAAAACUUUGCAGCGGUACUUUUACUUUGAUUGGCUGCUUUUCUGUGCACAAGUAGUCUUUCAAGGCAAAGAGCAGUUUUAAUACUGUAAACAUUCACGUGUUGGUGGUUUAGAUAACCAGGGAUUUGUUUACAACUCACCAGUUAACUGAUGCGUAGAAUGUUCUUAACAGAUGAGACUGAUGUCUAAAAGACUUUUAAAGAAAAAAGGUCCAGGUUGUACAAAAAUGCACAUUUACUGAAUAAUUCUAAAACCAGAGUUGUAGAUGUUUUCCAAACCCGUUAAAUUAGAGGUCAAGCACCAUCUCAUUGUGCCACAGUGAACUGCCGGUUUGUUGCCUGAAACGACCACCGUGAUCAAAGUUAUCAGUUUUACAUGAUAUUUAGUUUUUUUCAGCGUUUUUACAAUAUUGUGUCUGUUUUGCAGUGUCUGUUAAAUGGUGGUAGUGUAUGGAUUGCAACAACGUGAGAUUACGCAGCCAUUUCUUUGAAUAUGUAGCACAUUGGAAUCUCUAUGACAUUGGCUACGGUUACAUGAGUUUAACUCAAAUAAUCCAUGAAAAUGUGCAUUCUGUUGAUAAAAGAUGACGUUUGUGCGACUGUUUUUGAGAAGAUACAUGUACGUAUGUCUGUUUAUUUUUUUAUAUUACUGUACAUAGACUCUACAGCAUGUGUAGACCUCAUGUAUUUCUGUUUAUUUGAUAUGAAAAAUGUUCUUAUGGCUUGUACGAAACAACUUUGCAUAUUUGUAACAUACAUCAAUGUAUAAUAGAAGAUAAUGUAUGUGUGUAUUCAUGUAAUCAACCAGGCCUAUCACCAUCAUGGCAGCUAAGUGUAUGAAAAAAAAGGCCUUUGUUGGAGAUGUUAUAUUUUGGAGUGCUGUACUGUUUAGGAUCGACAGUGUUUGUUUGUAGAGAAGAGCGAGUCUGUUGAGAGCAGUUAGGGUCAACAACUUGUAUCAGUUACAAAAUGAACAGUUUAGUUUGUUGGAAAACUGCACAGCAGAGCUGUCGUGGCUUCAAACUCAGCCACACAUUUGUUUUUAACUGUAAAUAUGUUUUUAUCUCAAAGACCUUAACAAAAACGGCUCCAUCAGUAACCUUUUUUUUAUAUCCUCCAAUACGUCAUAUGAAAGCACACAUUUUCUUUCCACUGGAGCCCUUUUUUAUCUUUAUUUUAUUGUUCUUUGACUGCGUUUAUUCUACAACAAAGUUACAUGAAUUUUUUUUUUUUUCCCUUUAUUGACAUUGGUUGCAGUGGUAAGAUACAUGUCAGUUAAUCAAUCCUCAGCUCUGAUAUUAUUUUCAACUGGAAACAAAUCUGAAUCCUCUCUAAACAAAAAUAUCUGAUAUUUUGGGGAGAGACAUACACUGUGAUUUUCUUAUGGAAAAUCUGUAAAGUUUCCUCUAGCUCACUGUUGAUGUUUGAAACUUAACAUACUCAAGAGUUAGAGUUCAUACUGAUGACUUUUAUUUCUGAGCGGCAUCAAAGUUCGUUCUCUGCCUUGGAAACAGGGGUUUCACGACAUCAGCUUAACGCAAGGUCCACGUAAUAGCUUUUUCCAGAGCUUUCGGAUGCAUUUCUCAGGCUUCAUCAGUGGAUGGAGUUUGCUCAGUUGUCAUAAUGUAAGAACUUUAUAGUCUGGUGACAACAGGUGAUGGCGUAUGGGUGCGAGUAAUAAUCCCCGUCUCUGUUCAAAGAUGGUCUUCGAUUUAUUUGGUUGAAAGCUCCGGGAGCUAAUAAGUGGACCUUUACAUAACAUUAUUUUGACUGCAUAUUUAUUACUGUGUUUCACAAAUAAGUUUCCAAAUCUCAGUCAUGAGCUAAGAGGAAAUCUGGGGGCACUAACGGUGGCUCUAACAAUCGGUGUGUGUUUUUAUUUUUAUCUUUUAUAUAUAAAUGUGUUUUGUUUCUUUUUUUAACAGUUCAUGGUAGCUCUUCCAGUUUUAUUUUUCUAGUUUAAAACAUUUUGAUAUUGUACAGCAUACAGUACGUACUUGUAAUGUAUAGAAGAUUAAAGAGUUGAAUUGGCUAAAGAAAUCACACAGCACUUCAUACUAAAUCAGAAGGCUUUGAAUGAAUCUUCCCCUAUUGACCCACAACACAGUGGCAUGUGCUGUAGCUGUACAUGUCUCCCCUGUUUCACCCUCCUCCUGCCUGUCACACUGUGGUUCAGACAAACUGGUGUAGAGACAUAACGAAAUGCAGAAGUAAUCUUUUUGUAAUACGUUUCAUCGGAAGAAGUGAAGUCUGACAAGCCACACAAAGCUUAAUCUGGAGGAGAGGGAGCAGCACAUUUGAUACCUGUGCCGUUACAAUACCUGAGUUACUGAGAUGAAAACUUAAAUCAUUUCCACCUGUUGUAAUUCACACAUCCAGUGCUGGUGCUGAAAAAAAAUCCAGUAAUAAUCUUUUUUUUUUCUGUUGAUUUGAUAUAGUAAGCUCAACUUUGUGAUGUGAUUACACAAUAUCUUUCCUACAAUACCAACAGUGUUUUCAUUUCCGUGCCAGAAUAGUUUAUACCCACAGGCCUCAUUUUUGCAUGAAACAGAUUGAUAUCCUUGUCUGUAAAAGUAUAUAUAGAGAGAAUUUCUAGAACAGUAAUAAUUACAUUUUUUCUAACUUUUAAUGUGAUCAGUUUAUAUAUUGCCACUUUUACAAGUUAUCAAUUUAAAAUGCCAUGUAUUGUACAGUAUCUUGUAGAGACAAGAUCACCCAAUGAUGCAUUACAUACUGUUUGUUUCCACAACUGUCACAUUAUAAAACUAUACCAGCCCAUUAAUUGAAAGUGCUGUUAACUGACAUUACAUCACUCUUUUGUAAACACUUGCUAUGUUGCAAUAAACUGCUCUUGAAGAUUA